AUGUCCGAUAUCAGGCAGCUUCUUGGUCUGCAUCCUCAUUCUCCCCGUCUCGCAGAUUUCCUCCUCUCCAUCGCACUCCCUGUCCCAGUCGUCCCGGAGGUCAAAUCAUAUCCGGAUGCAGUCUAUUUCAAUUACUUUUCCCUUGGUCUUAGCAUCUUGUUCUCCCCGACAGGCGGAUACAAACCAGCCCCAUCCCUCAAGCUAACCGAUCUCAAGAAUGACAGCCUUGUUCUGGACAGCAUUUACAUCUACAAUGUCCCAAAACCAACCGAACACCGAGCAAAGGGUACAUCUGCACGUGCUGCCGAGCUGGCUUUUUCCACUUUCCCCAUUUCCCCGCUCAUUUUGCCAAUCAAUCCCGUUGCACACGAUAAAGAUGGCAAGGCGAGAGAUCGCCUUCCUAAUCUCGAAAUCCGUCCGCAGACAACAGGCAAGGAUUUUGUGCAAAUCUUGGGAGAGCCAGAUCGGAAAGGUGGAGGUGCAGGCCCCUCGUCUGGUUCUAUCGGUAUCUGGUGUGAGUGGUCGAAGGAUGGGAUAAUGGUCGAAUUCGGCGGCGAUGAAGCCAAAGGUCCUCAAGCAUGGGAACGAGGGAAGGAUGCCGUUUGGAAAAUCAUCACUAUCUUUUCCCCAGCUUAG